AACUGAAACAGAAACCAGAAAAAUACAACUGCUGAAAGCCAAGGAACCAGCCUUUUGCCUUUUCUCAAAAAUUGCUGUUAAAGUACAGGGGAGGUCAAACGGCAAGUCUUGCAUACAUCUCAGAAAUGUUGUUUCAUAAGGCAACCAAAUCUUUGUCCAAGGAACUGGACCCAGCAGGAGAUUUGAUCCCAGUACGAAGUGUUAUAGACCAACAUCAUUUUAGGCCUCUCUGCCUGGUUCAAAGAAAGAGAAAGCAGUCGUGGUGGCAGACCAGACGUUUUCAGAAAACUGAAUACAAGCUAAGUGAUGUGCUGUUAUCGGGAGACCAUGCUGCAAAACUAGAAGUCCAAGGUUUAGGUUCAAUCACCGUUGUGGACCACGUAGACGGAAAAGCGGAGGGAAAUAUUGGUGGGCGGGUUGAAGAGACAAGAGUAGAAGCGACGGCGGCUGUUAGUAUGUCUCAUUCGAGGUCUGUGAACGUGAGGAAGAUAUAUGUCCACCCCCAACUCCUCGAUUCUGCAACAAGAAAUGGGAAAAUCAACUUGGAACAUGAGUUCAUUAAACAAUCAAAGAUGAUUCAAAGGGACCUGUUUGUGAUCAACGAGGCAGUGGAGACCGUGGAAGAGACAGAGUUCAGGGAAUCCAGCAAUGCUGAAGGCAACAUCUUUUACGACACCUUCAUCAAUCUGAAACUGAAGGGUGGCAGAGGCAGUAAGAAAGCAAUCGUCAUCCCCAAAUCCUGCAUUCUGGCAUUCAGAGCCAAGCAACUAUUAUUUGCAGAGAGAGAUGCAUGUAUUUCACACUAUCCAUCCAAGGGAAGAGGAACUUUUGAUAAAAUGGUUCGACAAUGUGAUUCAACUGACAGAAAAAUGAUCUCAGGAAUCAUCAGAGAACACAAGAGUAAAGACAUACAGCAGGAAGUCAAGGAAGAACUUGUAACAUUCUCUUCAUUAUCUGCGAUGCUGUGUGGCAAAUUUCUAACUGGCUUUCUGGUGAUAAUGAGAGAGAAUGACUUGUUGCAGGAACUGGAGCUCCAGCUGGAAGAGGCCCUUGAAGGCACCAGUCAAUUCGAGCUGAAGGCUGGCAAGCCAGAGCUGCGAGACUUGGUGGAGAAUUUACAAGAUUCCAGUGGGGCCAUUUUCGCUGACCUUGUUGAGGCAGUCCUCUACUUCCUUUACGCUCUAGAUGAAUUGACAGAGGAGCAGCUGAUACUCCUGGCAGAAUCUGUGGAGAAGAAGAUUGUGAACAGUCAGCUUGCACUGGUCGGAAGCAUCCUCGAUAACGACUUCAGCACAAGAGAAAAUGUGUUUACCGUAGAAGCCAAGCUCUUAAGCGAAGAGGAACUGAAUAUAACUGGAGCAAUCAUCGAAAUGAGUGGAGUCGCGGUGCAAAAAAGUGGACCCACUCUUGCUGGGACUGGAAGUCCUGCUGCUUUCUCAGCUCUCUGUGCACUAUAUGUAGCUCUGUAUGCACUCAAUACCCUGUCUACAUAGGUAUCUAUAUGUUCAGAAGUCAGUCUCACUAAAGUCAAUGGAGCUUACUCCCAGGAAAGUGAGUACAGGGUUGCCGCGUUAAGUCUUUUAUCCUCUGUGAAUUCUGACGCUCUAGAAUCCCACAGUACGCACUUUGUUUACAUCUUUAAGUCUAAUGCUUGUUCAUGGGUAGAGGUCAUUGCUUUAAUUCAGUGCCUCUGCUGACUCCCUACUAACUAACAUGUA